AUGGCGCAACUGGACACCCUCGAUUUGGUCGUCUUGGUGGCACUCUUGGUGGGUAGCGUUGCCUACUUCACUAAGGGUAGCUACUGGGCCGUCCCCAAGGACCCGUAUGCCUCGAGCGCUGCCCUGAAUGGAGCCGCGAAGAGCGGCAAAACCCGUGAUAUCGUGGAGAAGAUGGAGGAGACAGGCAAGAACUGUGUCAUCUUCUACGGUUCCCAGACUGGUACCGCGGAGGAUUACGCAUCUCGACUCGCAAAGGAAGGAUCUCAGCGCUUCGGCCUGAAGACUAUGGUCGCCGAUAUUGAGGAUUAUGAUUACGAGAACCUGGACAAAUUCCCCGAUGACAAGGUCGCGUUUUUCGUGCUGGCCACCUACGGUGAGGGUGAACCUACCGACAACGCUGUAGAGUUCUACCAGUUUUUCACCGGUGAGGAUGUCGCCUUUGAGAGCGGCGCCUCCGCUGAAGAUAAGCCCCUGUCCUCGAUGAAGUAUGUCGCAUUCGGUUUGGGUAACAAUACCUAUGAGCACUACAACGCCAUGGUCCGUCAGGUCGAUACUGCUCUGACCAAACUUGGCGCGAAACGCAUUGGAACUGCUGGUGAGGGCGACGAUGGCGCCGGCACUAUGGAAGAAGAUUUCCUGGCCUGGAAGGAGCCCAUGUGGACUGCCCUCUCAGAAGCCAUGGAUCUCCAGGAACGUGAAGCUGUCUACGAAGCCGUGUUCUCCGUCGUCGAGGAUGCUGAGAAAUCCGCCGACGAGGAGUCUGUCUACCUGGGUGAGCCUACUGCCUCCCACCGUGAUGGUAGCGCGAAGGGUCCCUUCUCCGCGCAUAACCCCUACAUUGCCCCCAUUGUCGAAUCCUCGGAAUUGUUCACUGUCAAGGACCGUAACUGCCUGCACAUGGAAAUCAGCAUCGCCGGUAGCAACCUUAGCUACCAGACUGGUGAUCACAUCGCUAUCUGGCCCACAAACGCUGGCGCCGAGGUCGAUCGCUUCCUUGAAGUCUUUGGACUCGGGGAGAAGCGCCACUCGGUGAUCAACGUCAAGGGUAUCGAUGUCACGGCUAAGGUCCCUAUUCCGACCCCGACCACCUAUGAUGCUGCUGUCCGCUACUACAUGGAAGUGUGUGCCCCCGUCUCUCGUCAGUUUGUCUCGACUCUCGCUCCGUUCGCUCCCGAUGAGGAGAGCAAAACCGAGAUUGUGCGCUUGGGUAACGACAAAGAUUACUUCCACGAGAAGAUCACCAACCAAUGCUUCACCAUUGCUCAGGCGCUGCAAAGCAUCACCUCUAAGCCGUUCACUGCCGUUCCCUUCUCGCUGCUGAUUGAAGGCAUUAACAAACUUCAACCCCGGUACUACUCUAUUUCGUCUUCAUCUCUGGUUCAAAAGGAUAAGAUUAGCAUCACAGCUGUCGUCGAGUCUGUUCGUCUGCCGGGUGCCUCGCACAUAGUCAAGGGUGUCACCACCAACUAUCUCUUGGCUCUCAAGCAGAAGCAGAACGGCGACCCGUCUCCCGAUCCUCACGGCCUUACUUAUUCGAUCAACGGUCCUCGCAACAAGUACGAUGGUAUCCACGUUCCUGUCCAUGUUCGUCACUCCAACUUCAAGUUGCCUUCCGACCCAUCCAAGCCCAUUAUCAUGGUUGGUCCCGGUACUGGUGUUGCGCCUUUCCGUGGUUUCAUCCAGGAACGCGCUGCUCUGGCUGCCAAGGGUGAGAAGGUUGGCACAACACUUUUGUUCUUUGGAUGCCGCAAGAGCGACGAGGACUUCAUCUACAAGGAUGAAUUCAAGACCUUCCAAGACCAGAUGGGUGACUCCCUGAAGAUUAUUACUGCCUUCUCCCGUGAGGGACCCCAGAAGGUAUACGUCCAGCACCGUCUGAAGGAGAACGCCGAGCUUGUCAGCGACCUGCUCAAGCAAAAGGCCAACUUCUACGUCUGCGGUGACGCUGCCAACAUGGCCCGCGAGGUCAACCUGGUCCUCGGCCACAUCAUUGCCGACCAACGGGGUUUGCCCGCUGAGAAGGGUGAGGAGAUGGUCAAGCACAUGCGUAGCAGCGGCAGUUACCAGGAGGACGUCUGGUCAUGA